GAGGCCGGCCAAGUCACGAUGGUCGGCGUGCACUCGCUGGCCUCUCAGGUCGGAGGCGAUUCCGCGAGACUCUGUAAAGGCCAGCAAACCGACGCUCCGAAAUGGACGACGAAGCCAGUGGCUCGGCCGCUGAGCCUCCGCCUGAAGUCAGCAUCGUCACAAAGUUCCGUACCGACGUCGAGCUCUUCCUGCGCCAGCUCGAUGUUCGCCUCUCUCCCGACCAGAUCCGGCGAAUGGUCAGCGAGGGCUCGCCACCGAGGGCUUCGACUGCUGCUUCUUCCUCAUACUCCUCUACUGGCCAGAAACCAGCCAGAUCCGCUUCGAGCUCCUCGAACAACACCUCUACCGAGAGAAUCGGCGCUGCUGCCAUGAAGUUGGCGGCGAUUCUUCAACCGGAUGGCGACGACGCCACUCGCCCACCUCCUACAAAAGCACCGUGCCGGUGCCCCAGAGACGCGAGUUGCUCAUGCGCUACAUUCUCGCCGGUGGAUGGCAAGGAGAAACCGAAGGGAUGAUGGACGAUAAUGCGUCGUCGUCGUCGUCA